GCAGAUCUGCAGUCACUUCAGACUGGGUGGGGUAUCCAAGGCCAUAGAAGAGCAAAUUCUCACCCUUAGCAGCUGCUGUGGAAGCUACUGGGGCUGGGACAGCAGAGAAGAACCCAGACGGGAGCACCGCCCUCCCGCCAGAUUCCCGGCGGCUCCUCCUCUCUCUCCCAAACCCACUCCCAAAGCUAAGGGCAGUCUUCCCCGUUCCAGGCAGAAGCGCUGCGUGAGUCUCCACACGUAGCCGCAGGCAGCUCCUUAAAUAGCGUCCGAGCUGAGCAAACAGUCCAGACGUGGGGCCCAGGAGGGCGAGUGGAGGCGACCGCACCGGGCGCGCAGCGGCGGCGGGUCAGCGGGCGGCCAAUAGCCAGGGCUCGGCCCGCCCUGUCGCCUCCCCUCGGGGAGCCUAUAAGGCCACUGCAGCGCCCCGGGCGCCUGCUGCUCCGCGCCUCCGCCGACGACCUGACUCUGCUGCGUUACGCGCAGCUCACGCUGCCGGCCCCGCGCCUUGCCCACCCGCUCCCGCCCGCAAUCGCUAGCCCAGGGCGGACUCGGGUGUCUGCGCUCUCGCGAGAAGUGCGGCGCUGCGGGGCCGUGGGCGCCUGAGCCCGCGCGGCCCUCCAGGGCCGAACAUGGGGGUGCGCACGGUGAAGCCUCAGCUGCUGCUCCUGGCGCUCGUCUUCCACCCCUGGAAUCCCUAUCUGGGUGCAGACUCGGAGAAGCCCUCGAGCAUCCCCACAGAUAAAUUAUUAGUCAUAACUGUAGCAACGAAAGAAAGUGAUGGAUUCCAUCGAUUUAUGCAGUCAGCCAAAUAUUUCAAUUAUACUGUGAAGGUCCUUGGUCAAGGAGAAGAAUGGAGAGGUGGUGAUGGAAUUAAUAGUAUUGGAGGGGGCCAGAAAGUGAGAUUAAUGAAAGAAGUCAUGGAACACUAUGCUGAUCAAGAUGAUCUGGUUGUCAUGUUUACUGAAUGCUUCGAUGUCAUAUUUGCUGGUGGUCCAGAAGAAGUUCUAAAAAAAUUCCAAAAGGCAAACCACAAAGUGGUCUUUGCAGCAGAUGGAAUUCUGUGGCCAGAUAAAAGACUAGCAGACAAAUAUCCUGUUGUGCACAUUGGGAAACGCUAUCUGAAUUCAGGAGGAUUUAUUGGCUAUGCUCCAUAUAUCAACCGUAUAGUUCAACAAUGGAAUCUCCAGGAUAAUGAUGAUGAUCAGCUCUUUUACACGAAAAUUUACAUUGAUCCACUGAAAAGGGAAGCUAUUAACAUCACAUUGGAUCACAAAUGCAAAAUUUUCCAGACCUUAAAUGGAGCUGUAGAUGAAGUUGUUUUAAAAUUUGAAAAUGGCAAAGCCAGAGCUAAGAAUACAUUUUAUGAAACAUUACCAGUGGCGAUUAAUGGAAAUGGACCCACCAAGAUUCUCCUGAAUUAUUUUGGAAACUAUGUACCCAAUUCAUGGACACAGGAUAAUGGCUGCACUCUUUGUGAAUUUGAUACGAUCGACUUGUCUGCAGUAGAUGUCCAUCCAAACGUAACAAUAGGUGUUUUUAUUGAGCAACCAACACCUUUUCUACCUCGGUUUCUGGACAUAUUGUUGACACUGGAUUACCCAAAAGAAGCACUUAAACUUUUUAUUCAUAACAAAGAAGUUUAUCAUGAAAAGGACAUCAAGGUAUUUUUUGAUAAAGCUAAGCAUGAAAUCAAAACUAUAAAAAUAGUAGGACCAGAAGAAAAUCUAAGUCAAGCAGAAGCCAGAAACAUGGGAAUGGACUUUUGCCGUCAGGAUGAAAAGUGUGAUUAUUACUUUAGUGUGGAUGCAGAUGUUGUUUUGACAAAUCCAAGGACUUUAAAAAUUUUGAUUGAACAAAACAGAAAGAUCAUUGCUCCUCUUGUAACUCGUCAUGGAAAGCUGUGGUCCAAUUUCUGGGGAGCAUUGAGUCCUGAUGGAUACUAUGCACGAUCUGAAGAUUAUGUGGAUAUUGUUCAAGGAAAUAGAGUAGGAGUAUGGAAUGUACCAUACAUGGCUAAUGUGUACUUAAUUAAAGGAAAGACACUCCGAUUAGAGAUGAAUGAAAGGAAUUAUUUUGUUCGUGAUAAACUGGAUCCUGAUAUGGCUCUUUGCCGAAAUGCUAGAGAAAUGACUUUACAAAGGGAAAAAGACUCCCCUACUCCGGAAACAUUCCAAAUGCUCAGCCCCCCAAAGGGUGUGUUUAUGUACAUUUCUAAUAGACAUGAAUUUGGAAGGCUGUUAUCCACUGCUAAUUACAAUACUUCUCAUUAUAACAAUGACCUCUGGCAGAUUUUUGAAAAUCCUGUGGACUGGAAGGAAAAGUAUAUAAACCGUGAUUAUUCAAAGAUUUUCACUGAAAAUAUAGUUGAACAGCCCUGUCCAGAUGUCUUUUGGUUCCCCAUAUUUUCUGAAAAAGCCUGUGAUGAAUUAGUAGAAGAAAUGGAACAUUACGGCAAAUGGUCUGGGGGAAAACAUCAUGAUAGCCGUAUAUCUGGUGGUUAUGAAAAUGUCCCAACUGAUGAUAUCCACAUGAAGCAAGUUGAUCUGGAGAAUGUAUGGCUUCAUUUUAUCCGGGAGUUCAUUGCACCAGUUACACUGAAGGUCUUUGCAGGCUACUAUACGAAGGGAUUUGCACUACUGAAUUUUGUAGUAAAAUACUCCCCUGAAAGACAGCGUUCUCUUCGUCCUCAUCAUGAUGCUUCUACAUUUACCAUAAACAUUGCGCUUAAUAAUGUGGGAGAAGACUUUCAGGGAGGUGGUUGCAAAUUUCUAAGGUACAAUUGCUCUAUUGAAUCACCACGAAAAGGCUGGAGCUUCAUGCAUCCUGGGAGACUCACACAUUUGCAUGAAGGACUUCCUGUUAAAAAUGGAACAAGAUACAUUGCAGUGUCAUUUAUAGAUCCCUAAGUUAUUUACUUUUCAUUGAAUUGAAAUUUCUUUGGACGAAUGACUGGCAUGAACACGUCUUUGAAGUUGUGUCUGAGAAUAUGAGAGGAAUAUUUAAAUAGCAUCAACAGAACAACUUCACUUUGGGCCAAACAUUUGAAAAACUUUUUAUAAAAAUUGUUUGAUAUUUCUUAAUGUCUGCUCUGAGCCUUAAAACACAGGUUGAAGAAGAAAAGAAAGAAAAAACUUAAAUAUUUAUUUCUAUGCUUUGUUGCCUCUGAGAAUAAUGACAAUUUAUGAAUUUGUGUUUCAAGUUGAUAAAAUAUUUAGGUACAAAUGACAAGACUAAUAUUUUCUUAUUUAAAAACAUGGGAAGAUUUUUAUUUAUCAAAAUAUAGAGGAAAUAUAGACAAAAUGGGUAUAAAUGAAUUACCAUGUUUUAAAACCUUGAAAAUCAGAUUCUAACUGGAUUUGUAUGCAACUAAGUACUUUUUUGAACACCUAUGCAGGUCUUAUUUACAGUAGUUACUAAGGGAACACACAAAAAAUUACACAACGUUUUCCUCAAGAAAAUUAGUACAGGGGCCGGUCGCGGUGGCUCAAGCCUGUAAUCCUAGCACUUUGGGAGGCCUAGGUGGGCGGAUCACGAAGUCAGGAGAUAGAGACCACCCUGGCUAACAUGGUGAAACCCUGUCUCUACUAAUACAAAAAAAAGAAAUUAGCCGGGUGUGGUGGCGGGCUCCUGUAGUCCUAGCUACUCCGGAGGCUGAGGCAGGAGAAUGGGGUGAACCUGGGAAGCGGAGCUUGCAGUGAGCCAAGAUCGCGCCACUGCACUCCAGCCUGGGCGACAGAGUGAGACUCCGUCUUAAAAAAAAAAAAAAAAAGAAAGAAAAUUAGUACAAAACACAACCGAGGAGCGUAUAUGGUUGAAAACAUUUUUGUUUUGAUUGUAAGGCAGAUUAUUUUACCUUUGUAUUAAAAAUCAAACCCUAUGUUUCUUCAGAUGAAUCUUCCAAAGUGGAUUAUAUUAAGCAGGUAUUAGAUUUAGGAAAACCUUUCCAUUUCUUAAAGUAUUAUCAAGUGUCAAGAUCAGCAAGUGCCCUUAAGUCAAAACAGGUUUUUUUUUUUUUUCUUUGUUUCCUUUUUUAGAAAGUUCUAGAAAAUAGUGAGGAAAAAGAAAAAUUUCAUUGAGAUGAGUAGUGCAUUUAAUUAUUUUUUAAAAAACACUUUUUAAGUACUUGAAUUUUAUAUCAGGAAAACAAAGUUGUUGAGCCUUGCUUCUUCCCUUUUGCCCUUUGUCUCCUUAUUCUUUUUUGGGGGGGAAGGUUAUUUGCUUUUUUAUCUUCCUGACAUAAUUUCCAUUUUAUUCUUCUGAGUGUCUAUAUUAACCUCCCUUUAUCCCACUUAUAAAAAAAUUCUCCAACAAAAAUAUUUGUUGACUUGAUGUUUUAUCAUUUCUCUAAGUAAGGUUGAAAUAUCCCUAUUGUAGCUACUGUUUUUAAUGUAAAGGUUAAACUUGAAAAGAAGUUCUUAAUCAUGGUGCCAAAAUUCAUUUUCUAACACUGUGUGUUAGAAAAUUAUAAAAAAUAAAAUAAUUUUAGAAAGUUUUGUUA